AUGUAAAGUAAGUUUGACAAGUCAUUUUUUGAUGAGCAGACUAUUGAUUGUUCAUUUUGGGAAAAGUCAACAUAGAAAAUAAAUAUUGACUUAAAUGAAUAUCAAUAUAUAUUGUUUUAGAAAAGUAGAAAAAGUGGAUUCUGGGUAAGCAGAAACUAUAUAAUUCUUGAUUCUAAAUUAAUCAAAUUGAGAGUAAAUUAUAAUAUUCUAUAUGUUUUAAGCCAAAUAAAAACACAAUUCAUUAGAUCAAUCUGAAUAAGAGUAAAAUAGAGAAAAUUAAAUAUCAAAAUAAUCAAGAGAAAGAGAGUUGUAAUAGAGUAUUUAUAUGAUUAUACAUGAAUUUUAGAAGAAAUAUGGUUUUAGAAUUAUUAGAAAUCAAAUAUGUAGAGAAUUCUAUUCAAGAUCAAAAGAAUUGAAUCAAAAAAUUUGGGAUGAAUUGAAAAAAUAAUCUUUAUAGAUUACAUUCAAAUAAGAUUAUAUAAUUGAAAAAAUGAUUGGAAAAGGAAACUUUGCUAAAGUAUUAGAAUUUUCUAUUAUUUUUAGGUGUAUCUUUGUAACAAAAAAUCUGACAAAUAAUAAUUUGCAGUAAAAGCUUUUGAAAAAAGUAAGAUGAUAAACACUGAAACAGAUAGAUUAGCUUUAUUGAAAGAAAUAUCUAUUUUACGUAAAUUGAAUUAUAAGGGACUUAUAAAAAUGUAUGAAGUUUAUGAAGAUGAGACACAUAUUUAUUUAAUUCAAGAAUAUUUAUAGGGUGGAGAAUUAUAUUAAAAUAUUAAAAAAAAUAACAAAUAUCCAGAAAAUACUGUGGCUAAAUUAAUAGCCACUUUAUUAGAAUCUCUUGAUUAUUUACAUAAGAAGAGUAUACUUCAUAGAGAUCUUAAACCAGAAAAUUUGAUAUUAAGAAAAAAAGGAAUAUUGGAUGAUAUUGUAAUUACUGAUUUUGGAUUGGCUGAUUUUUAUGAUCCAUUAGGAAAUUAUAUAUUCUAAAGAUGUGGUACUCCUGGAUUUGUUGCACCAGAAGUAUUAUAAGACAAAAUUUAUGAUUAAAAAGUGGAUAUUUUUAGUGUUGGAUGUCUAAUGUAUUUAUUAUUAGCUGGUAAAUCACCAUUCAAAGGAUCCACUUAUGAUGAAGUAGUGAUGCGUAAUUAUCAUUGUAAAAUUGAUUAUCAAUCUAUUGAAUCAAUUAUAUCUAUUUAAUGUAUAUUUGUAUAUUAAGUUAGGCUUACAAUUAUUAAAAUUAUUAUUACAUCAUAGACCAUCAUAAAGACCAAAUCCUAAAGAUGCAUUAAAACAUGAAUGGUUUAUGCUCAAUUUAGAUGAAAAAAGAUAUAAAGAAUUAAAUAAUAAUGAAGAAUAAAUUUAAUAUACUAAAUAAACUACUAAAUCUACUUUAACUGAUGUAGGAAGUUGUGGAUUUAUGAAAAACUUUGUUGGUCCUUAUACUUGUGAGAAGUCUGAGUUUUCUACUCCAUAAAUUUCACAUCCAAAUAAUAAAUAAAAUAAUGUCUUAUAUACACCAUAGUAUACUAUAAUGCAAUCUAUACAAGAAUAAUUUAAAGAUAGUGAACAAUAAAUUUCAAUUAAAAAUUUAGAAGAUGAAUUUAGUGAUAUGAUGUUUGAAGAUGAAUCUCCUCAAUCACAUAAAUUACCUUAAUAUUAAUUAAUAGGAAAAUUAAAAUAAGUUGUGGAUUCAAAUAAUUCAUCUUAUUAUACUUCUCCUGUUAUCAAAGUAUUAUUAAAUUUAAUUAUAAUAAUAGAAAACACCAGAGAGUAAUACAAAAGGUCUUGAGAUUAGGACUCCUAUUUUGAUUACUCAAAUAAUUGAAAAUCAUACAUAACCUAGAGUAGCAAAUAAAAUUAUGAACAACUUAAAAAAUUUUGAAUAAGUUUGA